GAAGAGAGGACGCUUUGUAAUGACGUAAAUUAUAUAUUAACUGGCUUCAUGCGCAGAACAAACCGGAACUCCAACUUAACGUCAACAAUAUAAUUCGGUAUAAAAGGUGCAUUUAACUUAAUUUUAAACCAAACAAACGAUAGUCUUUAAAAUAAACAAAAUGCAUCUUACGAAGAGGCCAAGUGUGCUCUGCAUGUUUUUGGUUUUUGUCGUCAGCUGUAUCCUCGUAUCCCCUGGAAAUUGUUAUACGACAGUAUCUCCGCCACAGAAAUCUUGUAAGGACAGUGGAACAACCUGUGAAAAAUGUCUAGAAAAUGUAUCGUGCCUGUGGUGUCAGACCAAUGGUACAUGUAUGGACUACCCAGCCAAACAAAUCCUCCCUCCUUCCUCACUCUGUCAGCUGUCUCAGGCUCGAUGGGGAGUGUGUUGGGUGAAUUUCGAGGCGCUCAUCAUUGCCAUGGCUGUGGUUGGGGGAACCAUACUCCUGAGCAUCAUCGUAUGCUGCUGUUGCUGCUGCUGUAGAAAACGCCCAGCAGGGCCUGACCGUGAUGAAGAGAGGUUUGCCAGAAGACGUGAGGAGAUGAGGCAACGCUCUGAAGACCGGAAGCAGGACCGAAGGGCAAGACAUGACGACAUCCGCAAGAAGUAUGGUCUUAUUCCGGACUCUGACCACCCUUACAGCAAGUUUGAAAAUGAGUAAAACAGUAUUACUGGAGAUUCAUUGCUCUGAAGACAGUGGGAAGACCAGAGUAUUUUCCCAGAUGCUUCUCUCAUUCACACGCAAGAUUAUAAUGGCAACUGUAAUUUGCUUGCGACGGCAUAAAUGAUUUAUUUCGAAUAGAGGCAUCGCUGCCUUUAAUCUUGCAAGUUCUGUUCUUACUAUUUGUGGAAUUAUUAAAUCAAAUCACUUUCUUUUCCCAUUUGCACAGCAUAAAUAAUUCCUAGUUUGAAGUUAAGUAGCGUAAAAAAAUGUCAGCCAGAAAGAGUUUGAGAAUGCAUAAUUCAGAAAUAAUUUUGUUAAUUUAUUUUCCUUUGUAUGACUUAGAUUUGAGAUUCUGAAUCUUUGAAACCUUGAAUGAAGGAUUGAACCUUUGAAAAUUGAUUUUUUUUUAAAGAGUACUGUAAUUAUUCUACUUUCUCUUGUAUAUACAUUAGUGUGAGCUUAUUUGCAUUGAUAUUUUACCAUAUUUCUUAAUAAAUGUGUUUUUUAACAAAUACACUGCA